GCGAUUCUAAACUCUCUAGGAAAGAUUCACAACUGUACAUGAGUGCACGCCUUUCGCCCAUCUCUUUGACUUAUUUUUCGUUUUGUAUGGGAAAUGGGAACUACACAGUAAAUCUUCAUUUUGCGGAAAUAAUGUUCACUGAUGAUAAGACAUAUAAAAGCUUGGGGAGGCGCAUAUUUGAUAUUUACAUUCAGGGCAAGCUGUUGCAGAAGGAUUUCAACAUUGUGGAUGAAGCAGGUGGGGUUGGCAGGGCUAUUAUAAGAAACUUUUCUGCUGCUGUGACCAAAGAUUUUACAGCUCCUUUCGAAAAUUGGGGCAUGGUGGUUGGAAUUCUGGUCGGAGCAUCAUUUGUUAUCCUUUUGAUCUCUGGUAUUCGUUGGUGGAAAUGCUGCUUAAGACAGAAAAACACACUGGAACAAGAUCUAAAAGGUUUGGGCUUGCAAACAGGUUCUUUUAGUUUGAGGCAGAUUAAAGCAGCCACUAACAACUUUGAUCCUGCUAAUAAGAUCGGAGAAGGUGGUUUUGGUCCUGUUUACAAGGGCCAUUUGACAGAUGGAAAGGCUAUUGCUGUUAAGCAGCUAUUAGCUAAAUCAAAGCAAGGAAAUCGUGAAUUUGUGAAUGAAAUUGGCAUGAUUUCUGCUCUGCAACAUCCUCAUCUAGUAAAGCUAUAUGGAUGUUGUAUUGAAGGAAAUAAACUCUUGUUAAUAUACGAGUACAUGGAGAACAACAGCCUUGCUCGCGCAUUGUUAAAGAUCGUGCAUCGAGAUAUCAAAGCUACCAAUGUAUUGCUUGAUAAGGAUCUAAAUCUUAAAAUAUCUAACUUUGGACUGGCCAAACUUAAUGAAGAGGAUAAUACCCAUAUUAGUACUCGCAUUGCCGGAACUAUGGGUUAUAUGGCUCCUAAAUAUGCAAUGUGGGGUUACUUAAUUGACAAAGCAGAUGUUUAUAGUUUUGGAAUUGUAGCCUUGGAAAUCGUCAAUGGAAGAAGCAACACAAUUAGCAAAACAAAAGAAAAUAGCUUUUAUCUUCUUGAUUGGGCUCUUCUUUUGGAGGAGAAAGGCAACUUAUUAGAAUUAGUUGACCCAAGACUAGGAUCUAACUACAACAAAAAUGAAGCAAUUAAAAUGAUAAAUGUGGCGCUGCUAUGCACUAACCCUGCUCCAGCUGCUAGGCCUAUUAUGUCUUCUAUAGUGAGCAUGCUUGAAGGGAAGACUAAUGUUGAUGAGUUGAGUCUCAAUCCUAGUGCAUCUAUAGAAUUAUUGAGGAAAUUCUAUCAAACUCUUGAGGAAGAAGGUACUCAAGAAAACCAAACAAAAAAACAGAGAUUAGAAAGAGGAGAAUUCUGGAAAUCAUUUCGCAAUUGGCCUUGAGAACAUUUAUAAGUGCCUAAAUUAAUUUGGAUUUUAGAUUGUUCGAGUCUAUAGAACAUAUGCCAUGUUAAAGCAUAGUCGAGGUUUAAAUUGUGGAAUCAUUGUAAUGUAGUUUGAUAAGGAAAUACGACAAUGAUAUACCAUUUAGUAGAGGAAGGACAUUCAAUCUGUUUACCAUCACCAACUUCAGAAUAAGCAAUAAUGUGUACGACAUGUUCUUUAUGGGUAGAAGUUAGGCUGUAUGAGCGCAGAAUAGACACUGGAGUGGUAU